UUUAUUUCUUUGCAUAUUUCUCAUUGACGACGCCUCUCUCGCACUCUCCGCCACCGCUGCUGUCGCCAUGCAAGCACUCCAAUCGUCGAUGCUGCGGCCAUCGUCUCUUGACCCACUUCGCAAGCCCUCCCCGCACCUCCCUGGAAAUGCGAGGCCGCCCGCUGCCAAGAAGCUCUCGCUCAUCUCGGCCGCCUCUGCCCAACCCGCCGCCGCCUCGGCCCCCAAACGCGAGAAGGACCCUAAGAAGCGGGUGGUGAUUACCGGGAUGGGGCUCGUCUCCGUCUUCGGCAACGAUGCGGACGCCUACUACGACAAGCUGUUGGCCGGCGAGAGCGGCAUCUCCCUCAUCGACCGGUUUGACGCGUCCAAGUUCCCCACCCGAUUUGCCGGCCAGAUCCGAGGGUUCUCCGCGGAAGGCUACAUUGACGGGAAGAACGAUAGGCGUCUCGACGAUUGCCUUCGCUACUGCAUUGUUGCCGGGAAGAAGGCGCUCGAAGAUGCUGAUCUCGGCGGCGAUAAGCUUGGGAAGAUUGACAAGGAAAGGGCUGGUGUGCUUGUUGGAACAGGGAUGGGUGGUCUUACAGUAUUUUCUGAUGGUGUUAAGGCUCUCAUAGAGAGAGGUUACAGGAAAAUUACCCCAUUUUUCAUACCUUAUGCUAUUACAAACAUGGGCUCUGCCUUGCUUGCAAUUGAACUUGGUUUUAUGGGACCAAACUAUUCUAUAUCUACUGCUUGUGCUACCUCCAAUUACUGCUUCUAUGCUGCUGCCAAUCACAUCCGUCGAGGUGAGGCUGACAUGAUGAUAGCUGGUGGUACUGAAGCUGCCAUUAUCCCCAUUGGUUUGGGAGGUUUUGUUGCAUGUAGAGCUUUGUCUCAGAGAAAUGAUGACCCAGAAAGUGCUUCUAGGCCAUGGGAUAAAGAUCGAGAUGGCUUUGUGAUGGGUGAAGGUGCUGGAGUAUUGGUGAUGGAGAGCUUGGAACAUGCCACAAAACGAGGUGCACCUAUUAUUGCAGAGUACUUGGGCGGUGCGGUGAAUUGUGAUGCUUAUCACAUGACUGAUCCAAGAGCUGAUGGACUUGGUGUCUCUUCAUGCAUUGAGAGAAGCCUUGAAGAUGCUGGUGUGUCUCCAGAAGAGGUCAACUACAUAAAUGCUCAUGCAACUUCUACUCCUGCCGGUGAUAUAGCUGAGGUAAAUGCCAUAAAGAAGGUCUUCAAGAACACUUCAGAGAUCAAAAUGAAUUCAACCAAGUCAAUGAUAGGUCACUGUCUUGGAGCUGCUGGGGGUCUAGAAGCCAUUGCUACAAUCAAAGCCAUCACCACAGGCUGGGUGCAUCCUACCAUAAAUCAAUAUAACUUAGAGCCUUCUGUCGAGUUUGACACUGUCGCAAGCAGAAAGAAGCAGCAUGAAAUCAACGUUGCCAUUUCAAAUUCGUUUGGGUUUGGUGGACACAACUCUGUAGUGGCCUUUUCUGCAUUCAAACCCUGAUCAAGUUUCUGUCUGCAUUAUUGUGCCCAGAACAGAUCCUGCUUCUUCGAGGAUUAAUACAAUUUUUAGAGGCUGUAGUGUCUUAUUUAUGGAAGUGGAGGCUGCAAAUGCUUGCUCUUAAGGAUACAAUUAGUUGUUUAUGUUAAUCUUGAGGUGGAACUCUAGCUUUUAUUACUCGACUCUUAGUGAAUGUGUUUGUAUUUGAAGCUGUUGAACCCUCCUAUAAUGAAAUUUUUGCUUUGAUUCUUGGAGUUUU